CCGUUUUAUAUGAGAUUAGCUAUUUUCAUUUUACUUCUAUGUGCAACUGUAAUUGCUAUUCCAAAAAAGCAAAUUUAACUUAGAACAAAAUACACUUAACCAAUAAAUGCUUAAGAAAUAAAAUUAAGUGAUGUAGAUUUAGCUCUUUAUUAAACUGAUGCUUAAUAAGAUGGUUUAAAAAAUCAUUUAAAAUCAGAAAUUACGAAUUGGGCUGCAGCUAAGAAUACUUUAACAGAAUAAUUAUCUUAUUUUUAUAAUUACUUUGAAAUAAGUUUAUCUAAAUAAUAAUAGAUUGGUAUAUUUAUGGUUUGUUUUAUUUGUUUUGCAUUUUACUUGAUGGUUAAAUCGGAGGAUAGAAAUAUUAAAAGUAGAAAAUAAAACCUAAAAAAAAUGUAAAAACAUAAAUAGGAACCUGAUGUUAUAAUAUUGACAGAUUCAAUAAUAGGAAAAGAAUAAUCUCCUUAACCUUUGGUUUCUACUAUAAUUGGAUCAAUAAUAUAUGAAGAAAGAGUGUUUUUAUAAUGUUUUAGCUUUUUAGGAAUAAGUCAGCUGAUGAUAUGAAAAAAAAGGAGUAAGCCUUUCCUUUAAGGAGAUCCAAUUCAUAGACAUUUAUUAAACCCCAGUACCCAGAUUAUUCGGCUGAAGAAAUACACAGUUUAUUGAAGGAUAUUAAUUGAAU